AUGGGUGAUGAGAAAAUUGGCGACUAUCAUGGAGUAGCAAUUGAGACACACGGGAAGGAUGUUUUCUAUGACAUCGAAGAUCCAGAAUUACCGGAAGUUUCGAAAUGGCUCAGCGCAAACCCCAACCGAAUCAACUUAGGUCGGAUCAGCCUCGCGUACAAGAAUAAACCUUUGUCUACAAUCACAAAACCUCAUCAGGAGCUCAAUCCUUGGAAUGGAACGAUCGUCUCCAAUUUCCAAAUCGAUGGACACCAUACGACAGUGAUUACGCAAGGAGACUUCGAGACAGACUCUGUUGCAUUCGAAAUUCAAUCCGACUUGAUUUCGACCGGAGACUUGAGCGUCUUAUUCGACUUCCCAUAUCCCCCAAUUCACAAAGUUGAGAAAUCAUCAGACUUUGAGGUUUUUAUGGGAACAUAUGACCUAAAGUCAUCGCGGAAUCAUACAACAUCAAUCGUCAACAACUCUUUCUCCCAACAAAUCUCAGCUCACAUCUACCACGAGAUGCAAGAGACGGCGUACUACCUGAACUUACGGUGGCCUCAUCAAACACCACUCGGCGUGGCUCAGGUUCAGAACGAAGAUCAGAACGGAACAACCGCCCAUCGCUAUACCGUACGUCCCAGAGAUGCUUCUCAGGAUUAUAUGUCCCCGAGUAAGCUGAUCUUCACUGCUCAUUACAGCCCUAAAUUGGAGAUUCCAUCGCUGCCAUCAGAGAUACAAAAGAGAAACGUUGUUGGGUGGCUGAACUACUGGCAGGAAGGAGGCUUUGUGGAUCUCACGAAGUCGACAAACCCCAAUGCGACGGAGUUGCAGCGGCGUAUCAUCCUUUCUCAGUACGCGAUGAGGGUCAAUAGCGCUGCUACUGGCCAACCCCCGCAAGAAAGUGGCCUUGUUUACAACGGUUGGUGGGGAAAGUUUCAUCUCGAAAUGGUUAUCUGGCAUUGUGCUCAGUGGGCCACGUGGGGACGACAACAAUAUUUUGAUCGAAUCUUCCCGUCUGUGUACGAAAGUCUCUUACCUAGCUCGGAGGAAAGAGCUCGCAAGAUGGGCUGGGAUGGAGCCAGGUGGCCCAAGAUGACCGAGCUUGUCACAAAAGGCAUUGCACCUGGCGAGACGCGCGCAUUUCUCCAGUGGCAACAGCCCCAUCCGAUGUAUCUGGCAGAAUUGGCCUACAAAGCCACCCCAACCAACGAGACCCUUCAACGAUGGGAUCGUGUCAUCACAGCAACAGCCAACUACAUGGCAUCCUUUGCGUGGCUCAACAAUCAAACUGGUAGGUAUGACAUUGGGCCCCCAAUCCAGGGGGUUACCGAGAACUCUUCUCCAACCGAGAUCUCCAACUUGUCAUACGAACUCGCUUACUGGCAAUGGGCACUUGCAUCCGCCUGUAACUGGAAAAAAAGGCUUGGAGAAGGAUGCCCACCCAGAUGGACUGCCGUGGCAGAUAGUAUGGCUCCACCACCUCAAUUUGAAGGGUUAUAUGCCCCUUGGGUUGGUGGCGGGUUGAAUGCAUCAUGGUGGGAUGACCCAACGCUGAAGAAGGAUCCGCGCAGUGUCAUUAUGCUUCAGGGAAUCUUGCCCGACACACCGCUGGUGGACCCUGCCGUUGGCCUUAGAACGGCCGAUAAAGUAUGGGAGGCUUGGGGUGAUGAUCAGAUCCGAGGCUGGGGCCGAAACAUUUUAGCUAUCAAUGCUGCACGAGUCGGGAAUCCCGAACGCGCCAUCUAUCAUUUAACAAACUUCGGAUAUUGGACAUUCGGUGACCAGGGCUUUGCCCACCGAUCUGGACCAAGUCCAUCUCCGCCUCCGUACUUUCCCGGCAACGGCGGGUUUCUUCUGGCGAUCAGCUAUAUGGCAGCCGGCUGGGAGGGCUCUAAGGGGCAUGCCCCUGGGUUUCCGAAAGACGGCUCCUGGGCCGUUCAGCAUGAAGGACUACUGCAAUCUUUGUGA